UACAUGUACAUGGAUUGCAUAAUCGCAAAUAGCUUUAGAAUUGUUUUCUUCUACCCAAGUCAAAUUUGGACUCAGUCAGUCUUUAAAUUUAUUCUGUAUUGAUCAGUCUGAAAAUGUUGUCAAAAAUACUUUGUGUAAUCCUUGUGAUGAAUCCAUUCUUAUCGUUCUCUAACGCAACUCUAAUUCCCAAACGUAAUGAAACAAACUUACUUCAAUCAACAAUAAAUAAUCAACUGUCCGAAUUGAGAGCGAACCUAGAACGACAAAUAAAAGAUGCACUUGAUAUGAAGCCGGACAUUGGAUUUCUAAAAACGGUUACUCAAUUUCUAACAGGGAACAUUGAAUCUCUACGAGCUCAACUGGAGAAGCAGAAGAUUGAUGGAGCUAAUAAGGAAUCUGUUAUUCAACAACUUAGAGCCGAUUUUCAGUCUCUAAGUGCCGAACUAGAGAAGCAGAAGAAUGAUGGAGUUAAUAAGGAAUCUGUUAUUCAACAACUUAGAGCCGAUUUUCAGUCUCUAAGUGCCGAACUGGAGAAGCAGAAACCGGAGUUAGUUCAAUUGAAACAAGACGGCACUAACAGGCAGGUGGAAAUUCAACUUCUAAAGGCGAUGAUGGAACAACAGCAGAAAUUCGAAGUGGACAACCAAUCUCUCCGCGCGGAAAUCGAACGGCAAAGAGAGAUAUUGGAUAAAUACAAUACGUGGCUUAAUAUAUCCACUUGCUCCGAGGCUAAAUUUAGUGGGAUCUACGAAACACAAGUAUCCAACUUUAGUAGUCAACCCUUUAAAGUAGCCUGCGAUGCCUUAACUCAUGGAGGAGGAUGGACUGUUAUCCUUAAAAGGAUGGAUGGCAGUGUCAACUUUUAUCGAAAUUGGACUGAGUACAAAACUGGAUUUGGGGAUCUGGAUGGAGAAUUCUUCUUAGGUUUGGAUAAAAUACACGCACUAACUGAAGCGAGAAAACAGGAGCUUCUUGUAGUGCUUGAGGAUUUCGAGGGAGUUGAAGCAUUCGAGUCGUAUGAUGCCUUCGCAAUUGGCAACGAGGAUCAACAAUAUGUAUUACACACCCUGGGAAAAGCCAAUGGAACUGCAGGAGAUGCACUCAAUAAUCAACGUGGCAUGAAGUUUUCAACAUUUGAUCGGAAAAAUGACGAGUCUGAUUCGACAGGCUGCGCUAUAGUCUUCACUGGUGCCUGGUGGUACAAAAAUUGUCACGACAGCAAUUUGGCCGGGAAAUAUAAGGAUAACACCUAUGGAAAGGGCGUCAUUUGGCAGCAAUUUCGGGGUAACCAGUACUCCCUGAAAAAAGCCGUGAUGUUAAUACGGCCAGCAAAGUGAAUACUCAGCCUCUACUCUAUCAAGACCGAUCCAGCCAACUCGUUGUAUCGUAAAAUGCAUAUUUGUAAUAUUGUUAAAAUGUAUUUCCAUUUUGUAUGUGCUUAAAUAUCUAUGUUUAUUAGUGCAAAUAAGUGUAAGGAGCACUUACGACAGUUUAAAAAUACAUAUAAUAAAAAUAUUAUUAUUAUAAUUUUAGCAAAACCAA